GUGCCUUCAGAGCGAAAACAUCUACAAACCUCUUCCUGUUGGUUUUCCUUUUUAAUCGUGUUGUCAUUCCUGGCUCUUAUUCAGGAGUUUGGGUGAACGCAGCAGCUCCGACCCGGCCGUGCUGUGGGAACGCUGCUCUGCACCGCCCCAAAGCAGAGCCCCAACACAUCCCAGCCAUGGGCAAACCCGAGCGGAGGCACUGAGCUCUCCCUGUGUGCCUGCACACACUGCCCCAUGCAAUGCAGGGCUGUACCACGGCCUAAACACCUUGUUUUCUAUUUAAAAGAGAACGGCACUACAAGAAUAACCCACAUACAUCCAUCACCGCGCUCUGCUCCUAAGGCACCUCCUGCAGUGGUUGUGCUUCUUCAGACCCACCCCUUUUCCUUUGACACAAGGAAGCUAUGCCAGGCUCGCCUCACAGACAUAUACAAAAUAUGUUUUUCUAAACUGGGAUGUGCUUGAAUGUUCCAGGAUGAAAAUUAUGGGCGCCAGCGUUGGCUGAUGGCCACAGCUGCCUCUCCCAUCGGAGAUGUUAGCAGUUCAUAGAACCACAGAAUGGCCUGGGUUGAAAAGGACCACAGUGAUCAUCUCAUUUCAACCCCCUGCUAUGUGCAGGGUGGCCAACCACCAGACCAGGCUGCCCAGAGCCACAUCCAGCCUGGAGCAGUCAGCUCGAAGGUCACAGAUCCACUCAUCAAUCCCUCUGAGCAGAGCAGGCUGUGGUUUCCCCAACCCCCUUUGAGCCAUUUGCAGUAUUUCAGUCCGAGCUCCACAGUGUCACAAUCUCUUACAGUCAGAGUUUCCCCCACCACCUAUUUCCUCACUCCUUAGCAACACAGGCCACUGCCACAGCAAUUGGCACAAACACAAAGGCACACGGGGAGCUCAGGAGGAGACCCGGAUAUCCACAGUGCUCCCUUGGCUGCAGCAGUCUGGGGCUGUCACAGCCGUAGUGCAACCAGAGCGCUGCCUUCCUCGCCUUGCAAAGCAUUGCCCUCCUGUUAGGAAACCAUAGCACUUUGCACAAGAAAUUGAAUAUUGGCCUUUUGAUCUUUGGCACUGUAAGCACUUUCAUUGGCAAAAAGCUUUUUGCUGUUGUUGUAUCAAAUGUAUGUAUUUUUUUUGCCACUUAUAUUUCCACUGAGCCUACAGGAAAGCUAACAAGCAUUGCACCCUGUGCUCUUGUGUCAUCCCACUGCAACAGAGAAAGCAGAAAUGUCGGUGUUACAUCAUUAGCUGUCAUCUCUGUCCCAUUUUGCACUGUAACUGCCUUGUUAGGUGCCUGGGUCUUUAUUUACAGUUCAUAAUAAAUGAUGACUUUCUCAGUGCCAGCUUGUGAGUUCAGCUGCCCACUGCUCGUUGUGUGCGUUGUAUAUUCUGCUCAAGGCUUUUGGAGACAUCUCGACAGGCUGAGUAGUUCUCCAUCGUCACUCCUCCGUAUUUAUCUCUGAGUUUGAUUCUGAUGCAAGUUUAGUUUCCAGGAAGUAAGGCAAGAAAGGAAAGCAGUCCGUGCAGCAGUGCUGGGCAAUGCGAGCGCUCCCAAAAAGCGCUUUGAAUUGGAGAGGUGACUGCGGGCCGCUGCCCAACAUCAGCAGGGCAGAGCCCCCGGAGGACGUCCGGCACCAGGACAGUUUCCCCGUGGGCUCCAAAGUAACGUACAGAUGCCUCCAGAAUUUCUCGAAAAUCCCAUCGCGGCUGGACACAAUAGUGUGCUUUAAUAACUCCCUAUGGUCCAACCUGCAGGAGUUCUGUGACCGCAGCUGCCAGAGCCCUCCCCAGGUGCCUUUUGCCAAACUAUCAGCAGAAGAUGAAAUGAAGAAUUUUUAUGCUGUUGGGACCACGGUGCGCUACAACUGCAGCCGAGGCUAUGAGAACAGCUCUGCUGUGCUCCCCAGCAGCACCUGCCAAGAGAAUUCAACAUGGUCAGAAGUUCCUGAGCUGUGUCGCAAGCGGUCUUGUGGUCCUCCGGCAAAUCCAGAGCACGGCAAAGUUCUGGUAACAGAUCACCUCUACCGUGCAAGAGCCGAGGUGGUUUGUGAUAAAGGGUACACACCGUCAAAAAAGAGACCUUUCAUCACGUGUUUCGCUGAGGAAGAUGAGGUUGCCUGGACUCCGCUUCCAAAGUGUCUGGCUUCUCCCUCUGUAUCUGACACUACGGCAGUGACAGACUCAACCACUCAUUUGGAAGAGAAGGCAUCAGAGAACAACUACAUCCUACCACUUAUCCUCGUCCCUUCUAUCAUUGGAUCUGCUGUGAUUAUUGCUUGGAGCAUCAAUAAGUGCAGUGCGAGUAAGAAGACGGGGUCUUACAAGCCAAAUCCAGGGGAUGAAGAGCAGAAUCCAUCCCAAAAGGAGCACAGGGCUGAGGGGUGUGCAGGGGCAGCAGCAGCCGAAUCCUGACAGCGCCAGGAUUUUGCAAUGGAGAAACUCUGUGUUGAGAAGCAGAAGGUUCAAACUUGCUUCGGAUUCAGCUCCCUCUCCCUUUGCAUAGUAUUGUACUUUCUUUUUAGUGCCAGAAGAACAUUUUCCCAGCUCUUAAACCGAGACUUUUAACGUUCAGUAAUUGUUUCUUUCCACCAGGAAAAUGAUUCCAUGUAAAACGCUGCGUUUGCACAUCCCUGCCGGAUGUAUUUGUACUGUUUGAAUCCCUGUUUUGCUAAGAAUCGUUUUGUAGUUUGCAUAUAAAAGUUUGAAAACCACA